UUUAACACUGCUACUAUUUAGUAAACUCAUUGAUUUUUCUGACGAAUCGAAGCUUUAUGAGGUCGAUGUCCAUGAAAUACGACCGUAUAUGUUUGAACAAAGAAUUGAAAUCCAGAAUCAGGAAGCAGAGCAGAGCGAGUCUGACUCUGACUCUUUAGACAACAGUUCUGAUGAUUCUUACAUCGGAAACGUAGAUGAUUGGUGUGGAUGUUGUGUUAAUAUGCCUUCAGCCCAUGAGAGGAAGUGCUGUCAAUCGACAAACAUUGUUGGUGGGAAGACAGAAGCAGAAGGGGUACCCUGCAUUACCCUUCAGGAGGGGUUCCAGGUAAACUGCCUGAACAUCCAUGUGUUGAAAACCUCCUAUUACGAGUUUGUUCAUGACCAUGGGCCAAGAGAAGAAAAUCAAGAAAUUCAUGAGUUGUAUCGAUACCUUGCCUGCAGGCGUUUUACCAGAUGGGUCUACGGGUUACUUCCAAAGAAUUGUAGGCGUGUUAUUACUGCAUGUGCAGUCAACGCCAUAAGAACACAGUUCCCUUCAGCGCAAUACAGUGGGUUUGAAUACCCACAAUAG